CUUCCUCCUUUUUUCUCACCUACUACCAAUUCACUCUCUAUCUCAUCUAAUGGAUUCACCAGCUUCUGCUCCUACAACAACACCUCAAGUGCCCAGCACACCCGUGUCUGUGCCGUUACCAAGACGCGCACCCCGCAACUCUAUGCAGAACGUAUGGACUACUCGUCCUUACGGACCGGACGACAUUCCCGAGACCCCUCUUUCCCAGAAAUGCGGACGUGUCGACGGGGUAUGCUGCAAGGACCUGAAGGGAGAAGACGAGCGAACGCUUGUUGAUCCUGAUGUCGUACGCGACAUUGUUAUCGGACUCUCUGACGGGUUGACUGUACCCUUUGCCCUCACUGCUGGUCUUUCCGGUCUUGGAGAUUCGAGGAUUGUCGUCCUUGGUGGGUUUGCGGAACUCAUCGCAGGAGCGAUCUCUAUGGGUAUCGGUGGUUUCCUGGCCUCCCAAUCCGAACGCGACCACUUCCGCUACCUCCGCAAACAGACACACGACCGUGUCGCGCGCUCCUGUGACGGGGAGAUGAUGCGCGAGGUGUAUGGCGUUCUUGGUCCUGUGGGGGUGGACGAGCAAACCAGUAGGCAGGUGGCAAUGCAGCUCCGGAAAGUCGAGUGGGACAUGGCUGCUGCCACAGCUGCAGAGUCUCCAGCGACCUCCUGGCGCAGUCGGCUCCCCAUCGGCAAGGGCAAACACGUCGCGAACGGCAACGGUCACUUAAACGGCAACGGGACCGGCAUACCGCACCCGGAAGACGGCGGCCUGAAGUGGAGCGACGACGUUGGGCUCACCGCAUUCCUCCUCAAGUUUGGCGAAGGCAUGGAAGAGGUCCCAACUCGGAGGUUGUACCUGUCCGCGCUCACCAUCGGCCUUGGAUAUUUCCUCGGGGGUCUCAUCCCUCUCCUCCCAUAUUUCUUCUUCGAAUCCGCAAACAUGGCCCUCAUCUAUUCCUGCCUUCUUACCGGCAUCAUUCUGCUCAUCUUUGGUGCCGUCAAAACGCAUUUCACGGGUGCAACUGGUGGAAUAGGCGGUUACAUCAAAGGUGCCAUAUCGAUGCUUGUCGUCGGUGGCGCGGCCGCUGGUGCCGCCUUUGGCUGCGUGAAGAUACUCGAGGUGCACUCAUGACUCUGUUUCGCAAAAUAGACCGUCAUGGUCUUGUCUUACUCUUAUUCGCGUUGUAUGAUACAUUCAGAUCGAGGGGGGCGUAUAGAGUCGUUCGCUCCCUCUCGUUUUAUCAGCUUGUCUUUCUUUUUUUCUUUUGUCUUUCAAUUUCAAUCAGCCUGUAUGCAUCGCGCACGAUUCCCAUCUCUCCCAGUCUAAUGCAUAUUC